AUGGCGCGGCCGCGGGCGGGGGGCGCGCACCGGCCCCGUCGCGCUCCCGCCGCCGCCACGCGAGCGGGGCGGGGCUGGGGGGAGGGACUUCCUCGUGUUGGAGGGGCGCUGGCGGCGCGGAGCCGCCCGGCCGCCAGGGGGCGCGCUGCCGGCGGGGCAGGCGCGCGGCGGGCGGGGCGGCGCUCUGGCCCCGCGGCGGCCCCUCAGGGCACCAUAGAGAGGGCGCGGCUGCGGCUGCUGAGGGACAGCGAUAACAGCAGGGAAAAGGACCGGGAAAAACACCGGGACAGGAUAAAACCAGAGCCUCGUGUGACGUUGACUUUGUGGAGGGAGCAGCGUUUUCUCUGCCCAGACCUGCGGGCAGGUGAGGCAGCAGCUGCCGCACAGGUUCAGCUGGGGCAGCGACACCGGAGAGCAAAUCCCGGGAGCAGCUUCUGCUGGGAAGCUCGGAGAGACAAAGGAUCACGAGAAGGGCUCCUCCCCGGCCGCUCCCGAGCGCUAAUUGCUGAGCCGCCGGAGCGAGAAGCACGCGAGGAUGGCCCGGGAAGGGACGCCGGGUUUCCACUCCCCACCCAGUCCAGGAACAAAAGCAGCGAUGGUGGCAGCGGGAGGGUGUCCCAGGCAGCUCCCACCCUCUGGAGAAGCCCUGCCCCGUUUCCUCGGGGUGUGUCCCGGGCAGUUUCGGCAGGUUCAGCGCGCAGGGACCGCGGAGCCGCAGCUGCUGAGCGCAGCGCAGCCUGCAGGGUUUGUGUGCCCAGCUCCAUCCGCUGCCCUAACGAGGUAAUGACACCCCUGCUCCUCAAAGGCUGCUCCAGAGAAUAAACUAAUUAACCAGCAGCCUCCCCUGCUGCGUUUAGCAACCCCUCGCUGCCAAUUACAGGUGAGAGCAGCGGCUGAGCCACAGCUGCUCGCUGGCCCUGCUGCUCCUGCCAAGCACAGGGACUGCAGCCCGUGGGACUCCCACCCUCCACCCACUGCCCAGGCUGCCAGCCCCUCCAGCAGCUGCUGAACACCAGGGAAUGGAAAGCUGAGGGUGCCCCCAGCAGCAGGGCCCUCGAGGGGACA